AUGAGCGACCAGCACCAGCACCAGCACCAGCACCAGCUCCAGCUCCAGCUCCAGCUCCAGCACCACCCGCGCCAGCACCACCAGCCCUCUGCAGCAGCAUCCUCGUUUCCUCCGCCCUCCGCCUCCCUCCGCUCCACGUUUGCGCACGCAAACAUUCACCCGCUCGCCCUCCACCACUCUGCGAGCGCGGCCGCCGCCGAUGGUCGCCCCAAGCGCCCUGCACUUGUGACUCGCGCUUCUGAAAACUCGCCGUCCUCGCCCGCCCGCCCUCGACCCCGGCCCCGCCGCUCGGUACUUUCCAAGUCCUCGAGCGCUGUGCCGACUCUCUCCACCACUUCCAUCCCCAGGGCCCUCCCCACGUACUGGCUGCCCUCCACCAUGACGACGGCGACCGGCGCCGGCUCGACGGCGGCGGACCUGCUGCGCCAGGCCAUGAUGCAGAGGUAA